AUGCCACCCCAUUCAACAAUCCACACCACCAUCGCCAGCCUGACCACCGGCCCCCCUCUCGUCAUCGCUAUCAUAGGCGGAACCUCAGGCAUCGGAUCCUACAUUGCCAAAGCCUUCGCCUCGGUUUACCACAACUCGAAAUCCAAACUACGCGUCUAUAUUGUCGGCCGCAACGCCUCGCGCGCAGAAACUUUGCUUGCAGAAGUGCGCUCCACAAGCCCAAGUUCAGAAUGGCGAUUCAUAAAGGCCCAUGACUUGGCGCUGAUGAGCGAUGUCGACGCCAUAUGUGCGCAAAUCAAGAAGUAUGAAGAAGACCCAUUGAACGGGGGAGAACCGAGGAUAGAUAUGCUAUACAUAACCCAAGCAGAGUCACCACUUGCACCAUCGCCGCCAACAAAAGAAGGUCUCGACACCCAAGUCUCCCUCCUAUACUACUCCCGCAUCCGCUUUAUCCUCGCCCUUACACCCCUUCUUCUGCGCUCUCAAAAUCCAAGCGGCGCCCACGUCAUCUCCGUCUUUGCAGGCACGAUCGAAGAUCCCAUCUCCCCGUCUGCCCUUCCAAUCGGCCCACCAACGCCUGGAAAGCACGGCGUCACAUCGGUCCGCACGCACGUCGCUUUCAUGAAGACCUUCAUGUUCGAGGCCCUAGCCGAAGAACACGCUGGCAAAAUCGCUUUCAUACACAUUUAUCCGGGGUUGGUUGACGGUCCAACGUUCCUUAGUAAAGUGAAUCCACUGUGGUUUCGCGUGCUGUGGCGCAUAGCUAAGGUGUUGAUGGCAUGGUACAUGACGAGUCCAACGGUGUGUGGUGAGGUCAUGGUGUUUCUGGGUAUGGGCAGGUAUCCCGCAAGGGACGUCGGUGUAUGGGUCAAAGAGGGCGAGGGAGGGAAGACGGUGGCUGAUGUGGCGUUUAGUAGUACACGGGAGAGGGGAGGAGGUGCAUAUACGGUGGGGCAGAGGGGUGAUGAGAAAAAGCAAGUUAGUUAUGCCAAGCUGAGGCAGAGUGACACGAGGGACAGGGUUUGGAAACAUACCAUGGGUAUAUUGGGGAGUGUUCCAGGUUUGAGUGAGUAA